AUGUUUUCAGAAGAAGAAGUGACAUCUCGUUGGAAAGAUGAAUAUCGUCGAGAACUGAAAAAAGUUUUACUUCCUUGUUCGGGAGAUGGUCCAAAUAAUUAUAAACCAUCAUGGACCUAUUUUGAGAUGAUGGGUUUUUUGAAAGAUGUGAUGACUCCAGCAGUUAAGUCUGGAAAUUUAUCAACCUGUCACCAAUCUGAAGAUAAAAUUGACGUUGAAAUAGAAGAUGACGACACAAGAGAUACCGAUAUAGAAAAUCCGCCAUCCACAUCGAUAACAUCUAAUGUGUCAGAAAAACAACCACCAUCUAUAUCCGCUUCGUCCACAACUUCUCAACAAGAAAGGGAAAAAGAAUAUCCGAUGCAAGGAACGAAAAGUAUUUGGAAAUAG